AUGACAGCCCAUUCUGACAAUAGCGGCCUCCGGGCCAACACCAACUUGGUCAAGCUCUACCUGCUUCUCAUCCCGGGAUCUCUCAUUAUCAGCGCGGCUAUGGGUUACGACUCGUCCCUGAUGAACGGCAUCCAGGGUGUGGAUCGCUGGAUCAAAUACUUUGGGAACCCGCAGGGCGCCCUACUCGGCAUCAUGAACGCCAUUCUCCCUCUGGGCGCAGUCUUUGGCACCGUCCCUGCCGCCUGGAUCGCUGAUCACUAUGGGCGCCGAUGGACCAUGCUCGCCGGUGACAUUUUCAUGGUCGUCUUCUCCGUCAUUCAGACCUUCAGCAUCAAUGUCCCCAUGUACAUGGUGUCACGAUUCUUUAUUGGGUUUGGAGUCACCAUCGCUUCCAGCUCAGCUCCUAUGCUCGCCGCCGAACUUGCCCAUCCGUCCUCGCGCACGACUCUUACAUCAAUGUAUAACACCCUCUGGUACCUCGGCUCCAUCAUAGCGGCGUGGACGACUUACGGAAGUAUCCGCAUCCAGUCAGACUGGGCUUGGCGGCUGCCGACGCUGCUGCAAAUUGUUCCAGCUCUGGUCAACAUGACGUCGCUCUACUUUCUUCCUGAAAGUCCCCGUUGGCUCGUGGGCCAGGAUCGCCAAGAGGAGGCCCGCGAGAUCCUCAUCACAUACCAUGCCAAUGGCGACCGUGAGUCCCAGUUUGCUGCCGCCGAAUUCGAAGAGAUCUGCGAGGCCAUCCGCCUUGAGAAGACCGUUGUCAGUAACGCAUCGUGGAAGGCCCUCAUCACCGGUCGCCCAAAUCAGCACCGGACGUUCCUCGUCUUCUGCUGCGCGACAUUUUCUCAGUGGUCAGGCGCUGGCCUCGUGUCCUACUACCUUGCACCCGUGCUCCGGCUCAUUGGGAUUGAGUCGGAGGAGCGCAUCACUCUCAUCAACGGCAUUCUGCAGAUCUGGAACAUGCUCGUUGCCAUGACGGGCGCCAACCUCGUCAACCGCGUCGGGCGCCGGCCCAUCUUCCUCACAGCAACGGCGUCCAUGCUUUGCGGCAUGAUCGCCUGGACCGCCUCGGGCAGUGUCUUUGCCGCAACCCGCUCUGAAGCUUCUGGCGCAGGCGCGCUCACCUGCAUAAUCUUCUUCAUCUCGGCGUACAACAUCUGCUGGAACCCGCUCGCUGUUGCAUACCCUGUCGAGAUCAUGCCAUUCAGUAUCCGCGCCAAGGGCGUUGCCCUGCUCAUGGGCUCCAUCAAGGGCGCCAGCUUCUUCAACCAGUUUGUCAACCCCAUCGGUCUCAAGAGCCUGACCUGGAAGUACUACAUUGUAUAUUGUGUUUGGCUCUCAGUCGCCCUCACGGUUGUCUACUUCAUGUUCCCUGAGACCAAGAACCACUCUCUCGAGGAGAUUGCCGACGUCUUCGAGAAGAGACAUGCUACCUCUGAUGAGUCCAAAGUGGCCACCCUGGGCCAGGCGGAGCACGUGGAAGUGGGUGAGAUGAAGGAAGCCACAAGUAAUGACGUAGCUCAGAAGUAA